UGGCUGACAUGGCUGACAUGGCUGCUUUAAAGCCUGAAUUUUAGGUGAAUCCCUUUGUGCGACCUUGUGCGCCUCAGCAUGACGAUACGUACAGUUCCGCAGGCAUUACUAAUACUGUGAAACUUGACAUUUGAAUCGGAGUCCCAAGAUGAUCAGUGGGAUGCACCGAAAUGCCUGAAGCCUUUGUCGUAUUAGAGCUGUGUGCCUGGUUGUGGCCUCUUUCUCGUGAGCCCUCAAGUACUAAAGCAGUCCGUGCCGUUCGCUUUCACUUGCAACUUUCUGAGAGCCAUGCGCGAGCUCGUGCACGUCCAGGGCGGCCAGUGCGGAAAUCAGAUUGGUGCCAAGUUCUGGGAAGUCAUUGCGGAUGAACACGGCAUUGACCCAACUGGAACAUACCAUGGAGACUCUGACCUGCAGCUCGAGCGCAUCAACGUUUACUUCAACGAGGCAACAGGUGGCCGCUAUGUGCCACGUGCUGUUCUGAUGGACCUCGAGCCAGGCACCAUGGAUAGCGUUCGUGCCGGACCUUUCGGCCAACUGUUCCGCCCGGACAACUUCGUGUUCGGGCAGACAGGUGCUGGAAAUAAUUGGGCGAAGGGUCACUAUACGGAAGGCGCUGAGUUGAUUGACUCUGUGCUGGAUGUGGUCCGAAAAGAAGCUGAGGGUUGUGAUUGCUUACAGGGAUUCCAACUUUGCCACUCUCUUGGCGGCGGCACUGGCGCUGGCAUGGGAACAUUGUUGAUCUCCAAAGUGCGCGAAGAAUAUCCAGAUCGCAUCAUGGAAACAUUUUCCGUGAUUCCAUCUCCAAAGGUGUCCGACACAGUGGUGGAACCAUACAAUGCAGUGUUGAGCUUCCACCAGCUGGUGGAGAACUCCGAUGAGUCCUUCUUGUUGGACAACGAAGCUUUGUACGAUAUUUGUUUCCGCACGUUGAAACUGACUACCCCAACUUACGGUGACCUGAACCAUUUGGUGUCUGCGGCAAUGAGCGGUGUGACCUGCUGCUUGCGCUUCCCUGGACAGCUGAACUGCGACUUGCGCAAGAUUGCAGUGAACUUGGUGCCGUUCCCACGUCUGCACUUCUUCAUGACAGGCUUCGCACCAUUGACUUCUCGCGGUUCGCAGCAGUAUCGUGCACUGACAGUGCCAGAGUUGACGCAGCAGAUGUUUGAUGCCAAGAACAUGAUGUGCGCAGCUGAUCCUCGCCAUGGCCGCUACUUGACUGCGGCAGCCCUCUUCCGUGGACGUAUGUCGACCAAGGAAGUGGACGAACAGAUGCUGAAUGUUCAGAAUAAGAACUCGUCUUACUUUGUUGAGUGGAUCCCCAACAACAUCAAGGCAUCCGUGUGCGAUAUCCCGCCAAAGGGCUUGAAGAUGGCCGUUGCCUUUGCAGGCAACUCUACUGCCAUUCAAGAAAUGUUCAAGAGGGUGGCGGAGUACUUCACUGCCAUGUUCCGCCGCAAGGCCUUCUUGCAUUGGUACACUGGUGAAGGUAUGGAUGAAAUGGAGUUCACUGAAGCAGAGUCCAACAUGAAUGAUUUGGUCUCUGAGUACCAGCAGUACCAGGAUGCUACUGCUGAAGAAGAGGGUGAAUUCGAUGAGGAAGAGGGGGAAUACGAUGGAUGAGCCAGACAUAAAAAUGUACUUGGCAAAUUCCUCAUGGGAUAGCCCGUCUCGGCAAUCCUGCAGCCGACCGAGC